CAUAUCUAUGCCGGAAGCCCUUUCAUUAUGGUGACGUCAUUGUGUUGUUGUUUCAGCUGAGGAGCCGCAGAAGAAGAAGAAGCUGUCUGUUAGCUUUAGCAUCGCCUUCAGCAGGUAACAGACACCUGUGGACCACACGUCACUGUGAGACAUGUCCCUGCAGGAGGCGCUGCAGCAGAGGAUAAGCUCCGCCCAGGUGCUGCUGCAGCGGGCGGAGCAGCUGUGUCCAGGUGUGGAGGGUCACCUAAAGCUGUGCGGGAAGCUGCGUGCUGAGCUGCGUUUCCUGCGGCGGGUGGAGUCGGGCGAGCUGCAGGUCAAAGAGUCUCACCUGCACAGCACCAAUCUGACACACCUGACUGCCAUCGUGGACUCCGCCCACAGCCUGGAGGACGUGGUGGCGCUGCUGCACGUCUUCACCUACCAGGACUCCUCUGGCCGGCGCCGCACACUGGUGGUGGACGUGGUGGGCAACGGCGGACACACCUGGGUGAAGGCGGUGGGCAGGAAGGCCGAGGCACUGCACAAUAUCUGGCAGGGGCGGGGCCAAUACGGCGACAAGAGCAUCAUCCGGCAGGCGGAGCUCUUCCUGACGGCCAGCCGCCAGCAGCCUGUCCACUACCGCCACCCGCACGUCGUCUUCGCCUUCUACAACGGCGUGUCUUGCCCCAUGGCCGACCGCCUGCGGGACAUGGGCGUGUCCGUCCGCGGGGACAUCGUGGCCGUCAACACCGUGGUAACGGAGGAGGAGGAGGAGGAGGAGGAGGAGGAACCAGCCGAGGACAGCAGUGAUGAAGAGGCGGCGGCGGGGCUGACCCAGGUGGACCGCGGCACCGUGGUGGCCAGCCUGGCGUUCCCGUCCAACGUGCAGGCGGAGGAGUGUCGACGGGCCAACCUCGACAUCACCACCCUCAUCACCUAUGUGUCAUCGCUGAGUCACGGCCGCUGCCACCUGGCCUUCAGGGAGCCGGUGCUGACCGAACAGGCGGCUCAGGAGCGCCAGCAGCAGGUGCUGCCACAGCUGGACGCCUUCAUGGCGGGAAAGGAGCUGUUCGCCUGCCGUGCCGCCGUGGACGACUUCCAGCUCAUCCUGGACACGCUGGGCGGGCCGGGCGAGAAGGAGCGUGCUCAGAAGCUGCUAGCUCGCCUCCACGUGGUGGACGAUCGGCCGUCGGAGCGCACACUGCGCCUCACGCCCAGCGCCAAGGUCAACCACCGCUCUCUCAUGAUCUUCGGCACCGGAGACUCCCUGAAAGCCGUUACCAUGACAGCCAACAGCCGCUUCGUCAGGGCGGCGGCCAAUCAGGGCGUCCGCUACAGCGUGUUCAUCCACCAGCCGAGAGCACUGACGGAGGGCAAAGAGUGGAGGGCCACACCUGUCUGAAGAGGCCGCGCCCACUCACAGAGACUGGCUGUGCAGGGGCUGAUGGGACUUUAAGUUGUGCUUGUCACCUGAUCAGCUGCUGUUUCUGUUAAUGAUCAAUAAUCAAAGAUCAAUAAAGCUUCUCAGGUA